AUGUCAGAUAUAUCAUAUUUGAUUGUAUAUAAUGCUCAUGGUGGUGGAUCAAUUAAAAUUCCUAAACCAGUUAGAUUUCAAAAUUUAAAUGAAUUUAAAAUAUAUUUACUGCAAUCUUUUACAAUUGAUAAUAUUGAUAAUAUAUUUUUAUUAAGUUCUUUUGGAAUUAAAAUUAAUUAUACUUUAAUAAAUGAAUUAAAUGAAAUAUUUUUGUAUGAUAAAAGAUUAUUUGUUAGUGAUGUUGAUCAAAAUCUACUAAAUUCAUAUAUUAUUCAAUCUUUUACAAAUAACGAACAAAAUAAUGAAAUACAACAACCUAAAAAUUCACCUAUAAAUGGUAAUUGGAAAAUAGCUGAUCUGAGUAUACCCAUUCAAAUUAAAUUAUAUCAAGCAUGGGCAUCAAAUUUGAAUAGAGACUGUAACAUUUUGGAGAAAAGAUGCUUAAAUUUAAUACCGCAAAUCAAUACAAUUUUUAAAUCAUUGAAUACAUUAUUUCAAUUUGCUUCAAAUUUUACAAAUGAAGCUGAAAAAAAUUUCAAUAACCAUUACAACUAUAUUAAAUUAAUUCACUAUAAAACUUUGCAUAAAUCUUGGAGUAAUGGUUUCAAGAAUUUACAACAGCUUCCUGAUAUAAAGAUCAAAGAUAAAAAAAUUAAAUUAGUUAAUCUUUUAAAUUAUGAAGAAUUAUCAAAAUCAGCAGCAUAUGUAACGAAGAACUUACCAUUAGUAUUAAAUAAAUUUACCGACUUAAAAAAAAUAUCAAAGGAAAUUAAUGAUGAUAGACUAGCCGUUGAUAAUUUAAUUGAGACUUCAAGAAAUUCAUCUAUAUCACAAUUUAAAAAUAUUGAUAUCAAGGAGUUAAUGAAAAAGCUACGAGAUUUGUUCCAAAAGGUAUCUGAUGAUUUCAAUUCUCAAACUCAAGUAUCAACUAAAUUGAAACAGGCAUUUGAAACCCACAAAUCUACUAUAGCUAAUGAAAUUAAAGAAAAUGCAGAUAAAUUAUUCAAGUAUUACUCCAAUUUAAAUUCAUUCAGAGAUAAAAUCACUCAAGAAAGUCCCCAAAUAUUCAACACUAUAGCCACUUUGCAAAUGAAAACGGUCAAUUUGAAAACAGAUCUAAGAAAAUUGACCGAAGAUUCAGGAGAUAAUAUACCAAAUGAUAUCAAUUUUAAAACAAUAGCAGAAAUUAAAAAGUCAGAAGAUUUUUUAUCAUUGACAAUAGAUUUACCAUUACUAUUUGGUUUUGAAUUAAUUGAAAAAAGAAGACAAUUUGAAUGGUACGACUUUUAUACAAAAGGUUUAGUUAAUAAUAUUGGUGAGCAAAUUUCAAAUAUAAGUAAUCAUGAAAGAGCAUUUAGGGAAAUUUGGAAUAAAAAGUUUGGAGUAUUUUUAAAUUAUAUUCAGAAAGAUAAUUUUAUUGGAACUUUACCAAAUGUUGACAUAAGUUUAGUUAGUAAAACCGAUUCGAAAAAUAACAAUUUCUUAAUCCUAAAAGGCAUUGAUAUUGAAAGAGAUGAUAUUUUAAAUUAUAUUUCAUUAUUGGAAUCUUCCACUAGUGUUUCAAAAUCUUUCCCUGAAUUACUACAUAAGAAUUUUCAGGAUUUGAAGAAGUCUACAAAUAAUAUGAAAAGAGUUACUAAAGUUGUUUCUUCGUUGGGAACUCUUACUGUAAUGAAUGACAGUAAAGUAGAAGAACUGGGCAGUAUUGAAAAAGGAGGAGAAGAUUUAGAUGUUGAUUUAAAUGUAAUUAAGGGUUUAAAAUCAAGAAUAAGAAAACUCGAAAGUUUAUUACAUCAGCAACAAUACAAAAAUAUUACUAAUUGGCCUGUAAUUAGAAAUGGUUCCUAUGGUGAAAAUAGAAUGAGUAUGUUGAUAGACUCAAAACAAGUAGCAUCGCAACCACCACAACCAACUUCACAACCUUCAUCAGCAUCAAUCGUAAGGCUGGAUCCUACGAAAUUGUUGCACAAAAGAACUUCAUCAAGAGAAAGUAUAACAUCUUUAAAUCAACAAGGCAAUCAAUCACAAACACUCGAUUCGUCAAGUAUUGACAAACAUCUUGAUAAUAUUAAAUUGAAAAGAACUAAUACUGAUUUGGUUACUCAAAAUGAUAGUUUACUCAAACAACAUCAAUCCAAGGAUUUAAUAAUCGCACAAUUAAAACAACAAAUUGAAACAAUGCAAUUGGAGCAUUCACAAGAAGUUUCGGAGUUGAACUCCAAAAUCAGUUUGACAGAAGAAGAAUUUAGAUUAUUCAAAGUCGAAAAUAAAUUGGAGCAUAAAGAAUUUGAAAGUUUACGAAAUAAACUUGAAGGUAAAGAUCAAACAAUUCAAGAAUUAAACAGUAGAGUCAAAACGUUUGAGGAAUUACAAAAUAAUCAUUCAAGUGAAUUAUCAAGUCUCAGUGAGACAUUGACUGUUAUAAGAAGUGAACUAAAUGAUGCUACUAAGAUGAAGAAUGAUUUGUUAUCCAAUAUGUCAUCCAAAGAAUCAGAAUUUUCUCAAGAGAGAAAUAACCUCAAUAAUGAAAUCAAAGAACUCAAGCAGAAAUUGGAAGGAGUUAGUGAAGAUUAUGAAAACUUAAUGGAAUUAACUCAAGUUAAACAAACUAAACAUGAUUUAUUGAUAAAUGAUUUGAAUAAUGUAAUUCUUAAUUUAAUGAAUGAUAUCAAAUUAUUGGUUCAAAAAUUGUUUGAUGGCUUUUCAGAUUCAUGUUAUAUUUUGGAGUCGAUGGGACUAUUAUUGGUUGAAGAAGAUAAUAUUUUCAAAAUUAAAAGAGUUAAAGGUUUAAAAUCCAAAAAACCGGCUAAUCAAGAUGACGAUGUUUCAAUGGUGUCAGCAGAUGCUCCAGCUUCAAAAGUUAUUAGUGAGAUUGAAGACAAAUUAACUUGGGUUAAUGAAAUACCAGAAAUGAAAUCAUUACUACCAGAUAGUGCAUCAUCAGAAGAAGGAAUUGAGCAUGUUGAUAAAUACAAGGAUCAAUCAGAAAAAUUAUUUGAAAUUUUUAACAAAUUAUUCAAAUUUGAGUCUAAUAGUUUAUCAAGUUUUGAAAUUUUUAUAAAAUCUAUCGACUUUAAAGAAAACAUUCAGUUAGCCGAUGAAAAUUCAACAAAUUAUAAAUUUUUCAUAAAUGCAAUUUCCAAAAGGUUUAAAGAUGUUGAAGCAUUUGCUAAAAGACAAACAAAAGAUAAUAAAUUAAAAGAUCAAGAAAUAAAAAAAAUGACAUCAAGAAAUAAGAACAAAAUUUCAAUUCAUUCAUUUAAAGAAAACGAUUUAUUAUUAUUCUUACCAACAAGAAUUGAUAGACCCAAAACUGUAAAUAAUAAAGAGAAUAACAACAAUACAGAUGUUAUUGAAAUAGAAACAAGAUUACAACCAUGGGCUGCUUUUAAUGUCGGUGCUCCUCAUUAUUUUUUGAAAGACACAACAAAUUUAAUUGAAGAUUUGAAACUUAAUGGAAAAGAAUGGUUUAUUGGAAGAGUUCGUGAAAUUGCUGAAAAUAAAGUCACUGAAGAGAAUUUUAAUUCUCAAGAUUUAAAUCCGUUUCAAUUGAGUAUUGGAAUUACCUGGUAUUUAGUUGAUGCAAUCGAAGAAAAAUAG